GAGCCAGCCGCGGAAAAUGGCUUGCCAGUCUGCAUCCGCUGCGCGUUCCGACAACCCGGCCACCUACUUCCGAAGGACGCGGCCGUUUUUCGUGGUGGUGAUCGUGGCCGCCAUGCUCUACUACGGCUGUGCUAUCUUUGCGCCUUCAAUAAUCCCCUAUGAUGGUCUGGGUCCAUUGGGAAGAUUCACAAAAUAUCUGCAGGAGAACCACAAAACUCUUUUCCAUGUAGUAUAUCUGGUGUCUUGGUUACUUCAUAUCGGAGAAGCAUUCUUGAGUAUCUGGUUAUGCAAUAAGAAAGGCAUCACGGACAGCAAGACUCAGCUUUGUUGGUUCAUUCAGACCCUGUUGUGCGGCAUCAUGUCAUUUUAUUUUCUGCUAGUUUAUAAGCCGCAGAAGAAAACCAAGUGAAGAAUUGGAAUGGGAAAAAGAAAAAGAAACAAACAGAAAUGUGGUCCUCCAUGAUGAUAUUGUCCUUAGGAUCUCUCAGUAUUUUGGCAUUUGACAGAAAACCCCUUUCACUGUUAACCUGACAAGACAAAAACCCUUAGUUUUGGAGCACGAGUUGAUAAAGGGGAAAUCACAUUUUAAAUAGGGAAUCUGUUAGAGCGUGCACAGUCUUAUUGUGCAAGAUAACCCAGGAGUAAACACAGUAAACAGUGGUCUAUAUUAAAUGGUGGUUUAUCUUACACUAUCUGCAAUAUCAUACACCAGGAACAAUAUACAUACACGUGCUAAUACAGCAGGAUCCAACAAACCACAGUCACAGCAGGAAACAGAAGAGAGAGAACACACAUCAGCAGAGCCUUCCCUUUAUACAAAGGCUCUUAAAGAGACACAGACCCUGCUGAGUCAUUCUCAUCAUUACAUCUUACAAUACACAAGCUGGUUAGCUGUUAAAUCAUUACCUUAACAGAAUCAAAGGUUCUUAUAGAAGACUGGCUGUUCAAAGAACUGGCUGUUCUUUUCUAUUCUGUGUUUAAUAAUAAAAAGAAACGUUGGUCUUGGGAUAAGAGCUGUUACACUGUUAAUUUGGGGCAAUAAUACUGUUUACAAUAAUAAUCCUCUUGAUGGGACACAAGAGUUUACCCAAUGCAAACUGUUAAAGACACUUCAACAUUGUCUCGCAUGGGCCUACUAAAGGACGUUCCUUUCUUCCGGA